AUGAGUUGCGAAGCGGUUGUAACGAAAAGUUUAACCACUCGUGAAGACGUGACAGAAAAACGAUAUGAGCAAAACGUUACAAUUCGAACAAGGAAAGAAAAAAAAGAAAGUGAACAACCUGAACCUGGAACAGAUGGGAAAACUGAAUAUUGCAAGAAGACGAACGUAUGCACUGCUGCGAAGCCCAAACAACCGGAGAAUGAGGUCAAACAUUCGAUAAGAAAGAUGAAGCCACUGAAUUCAACUCCGCAAACCGCCAUCUCAAACAUUUCCUGCCAGUCAAACAAUGGUACUUUUACCAAUAUCAAGACAAAGAUUACCGAAGUUGUCAAAGGCGCAAAAAAGAAGUUGUCGAAGGCGAUAAGGCGCUUAACUUCUGGAGGUCAUGAUCAAUCAUUCCAAAUUUAUUUCUCUUUGACAACUCCUACGGUGCUCAAGAUGGAAAUGAGUUGCGAUGACUUUCGUCGAUCCGUGCAAGAAGAAAUCGAUUCGCUUGUAAAAGAUUUCCAAGAAUUACUCAAGCAGGCAGAUGAAUAUAACCUUAUCGACCAACUUCGCCCUUAUAUUGCUGAUUUUGCGAACGCAAAGGAAAAAAUGGAGGCUCUAAAGGCGGACUGUCUCAAGGGAAAGUGUCGUCAUAUGAAUGCAUCGAUCUUCAUCGAAAAAUUCGAACGAAACCACAAUCGCGCUUGCAACGUCGUAUGUAUCCACAUGAUCGAGUGUGCCAAAAGUGUUGGAUUGAUUCAACCGGGAUUUUCGGCCUAUAAAGAAUAG